CACAUCUUUCUUUCUGAGGCAAUAUGUAUAAGCCAUAUCUGUACUUCAGAAAAAUGUGGCUAACUAUAAAACACACAGAAGGAGAGAAAUGUUUGAAGUAAGCCUGCCUUAACCAGUCGGGUUGAACCCCUUAUAACUCAAAUGCUUCAGAAUCUCUUCUAUAACCUUUCAGAAGUCAACAGUGUGUGCUUACUUCUGCUGAUCCCCUCAAAUCAUGUGGCUUUUGUGAUGUCAUCAACCCAAAUACAUUUGAAACAGGAUCAGUUUUGUACUUCUGUGCAGUUUAAUUCCCUUAUAUUUAGUGAAACUCUGCAAUUGAAAUUCACUCUUCAAUGCCCAAUGUGUUCUUGCUGUCAGUGCACAAUUUUUAGUAAAAUCAAAUGGCAACUUUAAAUUGAAUUAUAUAUUUAAGUCUAUCUGAAGUAACAGUAUGUCCUUUUAUUUUAAACAAUGAACAGAAUAUAUAUAUAUAUUUUCAAUUUGAGUUUAGCAAAACAGGUUUGGGGAGGGGGUGAUAUUUACAUUUUAAUGCACAUCCUGGUGUUUGCAUUUCUAUAUUUUAGAUCAAAUAUUUUUGUAAAAAGGUGGACUUAAUCUCUUGUUCAAUUUUAAUUGUUUGAUUGAUGUUAUAUAAAUUAUUGCUAGAAAGGCAAAUGUGUGGGGAAAGCAUUAAUUUGUUUGCAUGGUACUAGUCGGGCUGGCAGCAUGUUUGGGUAGCAGUGUAUUGGUUGAGUGAGAAUGUGAAAUGAGCUCUGAGCUGAGAAAGGAGGGGCCUUUAGACUCAACAGCGCAGACUGAGAGGGACCGUGGAGAUGAGUAAGUAUGUGUCAGAAGGAGGGAGCAGAAUAUCAGUUCUGGACUCUGAGAGAGAGAGAAAAGGAUACCGACGGAUUAUUCUCUUGCUUUUUGGACUUUCCUCCUCUUCUCUUUUGUUUUGGAUUGCUUUACUUCCUAUAAAUCUGUCCCCAUGCUAUUGAUCCCAUCUCUCCAGGCGGUCUUUGAUAUGCUGAUUCCAGAGUUUUUUCAGUCUUAGUUAGUCCCCCAUAUUAUCUGUCAUUCUAAACUGAUGGUGGGCUGUUCCUUCUUCAAUGUUUCCUUGUCACCGUCAUCCUCUCGUCUCUGCACCAUUAAUUUCUUUGUGGUAUUACAAUGCCGGUACUGGAGAGGCUCUGGGGUCCAGAUCUCAGGAUGCAGGACUCUGGUCUCGGUGUCGGGGUCUGUCCCGACGAGCCUCCUGGCUCACGAGUAUGGACUCCUCCUGUUACUUGUGCUGGCCUGUCGCUGGCCCUGGAACUUCCCACUCUGAUCCGUCAGCUCAGGGCAGCCUGGAGAACUCGCAGAGGAGACCCUCGGGGGCCGGAGAGAAGUGAAGGCAGGAGUUGGGUGGAAGAAGAACAGGAGGAGGUUGACGAGGUCAAAGAGAUCAAGCAGGUCACAGAAAACAGCAAUACACAUGUGGAAGCUGAUGGCAGGCUGAACGCCGGUCAUGCUGGUGUGUUGCUGGCUGAGAGACGAGGUUCUUACCCGCCGAUCGAUCUGCGGAUCCUGAAAACAAAUUCACGGCCAGGGGAGGUCGAGUCCGGCACAAGGAGAAAGCUGAAGCGUCUGUUAAGCUUCCAGAGAUACUGCCAUGCCUCCAGGUUGUUGAGGGGAUUAAUGCCUCACACUCCCGGGUCCCUGCACUUGCUGGAUGAUGACUACUUGGGACAGGCAGCUCACAUGCUCUCAAAAGUAGACACAUGGAACUUUGACAUUUUCCUCUUCGAUCGUCUUACAAAUGGUAACAGUCUUGUGACUCUGAUGUGCCAUCUCUUCAAUGUUUGUGGAUUGAUUCACCACUUCCAGCUGGACAUGGUUAAACUACACAGGUUUCUUGGAAUGGUGCAGGAAGAUUACCAUUCCCACAAUCCGUAUCAUAAUGCUGUUCAUGCUGCUGAUGUUACUCAAGCCAUGUACUGCUACAUAAAAGAGACCAAGCUGGCGGAGCAGCUGACUCCUCUGGAUGUGUUCCUGGGUCUGAUGGCAGCAGCAGCUCAUGACGUGGAUCACCCUGGAGUCAACCAGCCUUUUCUCAUUAAAACCAGACACCACCUGGCAUCCCUCUACCAGAACACCUCUGUGCUGGAGAGCCACCACUGGAGAUCCACCGUGGGCAUGCUCCGAGAGUCUGGUCUGCUGAGCCACCUGCCGGCUGACAUGUCGCAGGACAUAGAGCAGCAGCUGGGUUCUCUCAUCUUGGCUACAGACAUCAACAGACAAAACGAAUUCCUGAUAACUCUCCGAGAGCAUCUGGACAACCAGGAUAUGGACCUUCAGCUGGCCACACACAGGCAUUUCAUACUUCAGAUUGCCCUGAAAUGUGCUGAUGUGUGUAACCCAUGUCGGGAGUGGGAGCUGAGCAGGCAAUGGAGUGAGAGGGUGUGUGAGGAAUUUUAUAGGCAGGGUGACAUGGAAAGGAAAUUUGACUUGGAGAUCAGUCCUUUGUGUGACCAACAGACAGACUCUGUGCCAGCCAUCCAGAUUGGUUUUAUCUCCUACAUCGUGGAGCCUCUGUUUGAGGAGUGGCAGCGCUUCACUGAGCCCAGCAUGCUCAGCCAAAUAAUGAUGGGGCACCUGCACAAGAACAAGGCUUGCUGGAGCCGACUCAGAUACGUACACACACUUGCAGAAACAAAAACUCACCCCCAUGUCGAAGAGCCUGAGCCUGAAGGAGGACAAGAGGAGGCAGAGGACAUCCCAUAAUGUCUCUCUUGUUGCUCUGAUGGUUUUUAAUCUCCAGCAUACAUGGAGGGGAGACGUUUUAAUCCAAAUCCAUGUUUAUUCUCCAGCACGUUUGUUUCCACAGCUGGUUGCCCUUACAGUGAGAGCACUGGAAGGCAGUGUGGCCAGGAAACAAGAAGUAUAGCUCCCCCUGGUGGAGCUGUGGUUGAAUGUAGCAUUGCAGGAGAAACAGAAAUGGAAGUGGAUUUACUGAGGAGCAGAAUGAUCUUAGUAAGAAAAACAAAUGUGGACAUGCUUUUGUUUGUAACUUUGCGCUCAAAUAGAACUAAAAGGUUAACUAGUUAACAUGUGUUAACUGAGGGUUCAGAUGUGAAUUUUAACAUGGGUUUAGUUGGCAUAAUAGUGAUAAGAACAAUAAAAAUGAGACGUAUAUAAAAGCCAGCUGGACUUUGCUGAAAAAAUAUGACAGAAUAACAAUCUCCUCACAUCCUUUAUUGUUUUUAAAAUUUAAAAAUGCUUGCACUCUUGUACAAUGUUUUUUCAUGUCUUUAUCUCACUUGUCUACCUUUCACUGAAGUGCGUUUUUAACUCUUAGCUUUGAGUCGUUAUGUCGAGGUACUGUACACUUUAACAUCCAGCAUGUUCUCGGCGUAAGACUGACUCAGAUCAUCAAUUUAAAUAAUGACUCACACUAAAAGUGGCUUAGGUCAGUGUUGCCGGCUUGAUGUUUCAUUGUUGAGCUGAAUCACCAACUUGAAGAGCCAAAUAAAAUAAAAAAAGGUUUAUCUUGAUAUUAUAAGUUGUAUAAACUGUAUAUACUGUGAUGGAUAACCUGAACACUUCACAUGCCAAAACCUUUUUAUCUCUGUACUCUGUAAGUCACUUGAAAAUGUAACUCUUCUCACUUUUCUCUAAAAGCCAACUGGAUUUAAUCACAGCCUCACUUUACAAGCUCAUACACAACAAAGCCUUAACAGCCGCUUGGUCUGUCAGUAAAAAAAAAGGGGUUUCUGAUCAAUAUGUUUCAUAUUAAAGUUUCUGCCUCUUGUUCUUCAGCCAUAUCAGCACUGAAACACCGGCUCUGUACUGUAGCAUCUUGUUCCUGGUUGGUUUUUCACUCAGUAUCAGGGUCAGAUUUGGCAUCUCAGAACUGUGAAGUAUUGUCAAGGUGUUGGUGUACUUUUAUAACACAUUAGCUCUGCUAUGUAAGGCUUUUGUUUGAAAAAUGCUUCCAUCUUACUACACUUUGAGCAGGUCCUGUGUGCUGUAUUUCUUAGGUUGAUGAAGAAACACUGAUGUCUUUACUUAAAAUAUACAUUAGCGAGGGAUGUACUGAUUUAGGUUUUGUGUCCAAAUUCCAAUUUUUGUUUUUGUACAGCUCUGACAUAGCUGGUGCUGUACACCAUUCUGCUUUUAGCUAGUUUCCGUUUUUCAUUUAAUUAGAAUCUAAAAGUAUUCUAAAUAUUUUUUUUAGCCUUUUAUCCUUGUGUAAAAAGCAUGAGUUAUUAUUAAACAGGGUUUACCUUUAUUUUAGGGCAAAAAGAAAUUAUAUGGAGUUCAAAUAUUAAGCUGUUUUUAGUACCCUAUAUUAGCAGCUAGAAUAGUUAGCAUUCAUAGCUGUGAAAGGCCUAGAGCAGUGCUUCUCAAACUUUUAACUCCUCAGUAAAUGUUACGUUUUCCAAGUACCUCCAUCUUUAUCGAGAUGUAGUUGGACUUUUUAAGUUUGUUAUGUUAAACAAAAAAGGAUUAAUCACCUCGCUCUGGUAAAUAAUACAAUGCAAAACAGGUGAAAUUUCCAAGCUUUAUGCUUGGAGAAAAUUAACAAAAAUGACAAUUGAAGUUUGGAGUUUCUCACAUAUAUGUGAGAAACUCCUUGACUUCAGAAUCCACUAUGGUUGUCUUGCACAUACAUCAUGUUCUUAGAUGCUGUAAAUACUGUUUAUUUUCACCUCUAAAAUGUGGUUAUUAGUUUCUAUUAGUAAUAAUACCUUGACUACUUGAUAUUCAUAUCAUAGUACUUAGAAAAUCCCAUUGGUUUUCAAAACUCAAAGUGGUGAAGUUUUAAAAACCAGUAUGGGCAAUAUGGUCUUAUAAUUGUCCAUUGCAAUAUGUGAUUAGAUUGACAUAUUAUUUUAAGCAAUAUGGGCUUAAUUGCAUCACCAUAUUUUGUCAUAUUUAUUGCAACAACAUUAAAGGCCUUUCACUAGGUACACCAUCUACAUUAAGCAGGGCCACUAAACAGCGUGCAAGAAUCAUAAUAAUUCAUAUUUUAAAAUACUGAUAUUCACUGAUUCCCUAAUAGUUUAAGAAUAGCAAUCCCUAUCAUGUUGGAAUUGGGUUGGGAGUGUUUGCAGACAGCACCAGUUCAUAAAUCACAUUUCAUACUGCAAUAUUUUUCCCCCACUAACAAUAAAUUAAAUGAUAAUAGGUGAUCCCUACUUGGAACUGGAACAUGUCUGUUGGGUUUAAUGUCAUUCCCAGAUUUACAUCUUGACUCCAGAGGUAAAGGGAACAUGAUCACCGAGGUACUUUAGCUCCAGUUUGAGAACCAUUGCUCUAGAGAACAAUGUAGCCCAUUAUUUGCACUCUGAUAUUUACAAAGGGCUGCCAACAUUUAAGCAUGUUCAACUUUUCUGUAAUAUCUUCUUCCCUUCUGCCCAAACAAUCCCUGUUUGCUGACUUCUCCCUACAGGAAACAAAAAGUCAUGUUUUAAUGCUUCCUAUGCCUUUUGUGCUUUCUCUGAUAUUGUUUGGUACAUCUCAGUGUUACUGUACAUAGCUAACUAUCACUCUUUUUUUAAUAAGUAACAUAUUCCACACCAAAUUGUGAAUCCAAGCACAAUAGUGUUUGUGCUGUGUUAUUAUUCUGUUUAUACUCCGAAGUCAUAUUUUCCACGGUCCUGAUUGGAAAUACAACAAUAACACCACCUGAAGUUUGAAUUCCAACUUGGAAAAUCAGAGAUUUCUUUAAAGUUAUUGAGUUAAAAAUUCAAAUAAAGCUCAUUUGCAUAAAAAAACAGUUAGAGUUGUUGGGACACACUAUUUUUUAGUAUUUAGUAUUCGCCAUCUUAUUUCAAACCUAUGGGAUAAAUCAGACAGCAAUAGCUUUGGCCUGUUCACUGACUGGGAAGCUAUCAGACUGUUGAGUUUCCAGAAGUCUAUCACUGUUCAAGCUAAAUAUCAUCUAGAUCUGGUCACUAGCCAAUUCCUAUGUGCAACUGUAUUUAUUUGCUUCACUUAAUGUUAAAGUAUAUGCUACCUGUUACUAUAAACAUUGGCUAAAAAGAUAUUUAUGGGUAAUAUAUAUCUAACGUCCAUGGAUGCACUGAGCCAUGUGAAGAUAAAGCUUUUGAUAGCAGGUCAUCCAGUAUUUGUAAAUACAAGUAUAGAAUAUAUGUAUGUUUGCCUCCCUGCUUUAAAUAUUGUAUACCAGAGGUUGUUGAAUUUAAGAUUUGUUGCCAGCAGAAUAUGGUAUAAAAUUAUGAGCUUGACGAGAAAUGUUUGGUUAAAGUUAUACAAGCUGCAAUAUCUGCCCCAGUUAAGAGGUGCAGUGCAAUAACGUUAAACUCCUGUGUAUAGUUCUGGCUUGUAUACUUAUGUCGGUUAUAUAACUAUAUAUGUCUUUACAAUGGCACUCUGCUUGCUGUGCUAAGAUUUCCACUUUGUUCGAGCAGCACUGGUGCAACGGGGAAGCACAGACAAAAAGGCCUCUGUAAACACUUGGCGGGGUUAAGUUGAUCAAAGAGCGCAGUUGCCUCUUUGAGCAGCAGAAAGUGACCCGAAACACUGUUUCAGUCCUGUUUUGAUUUUUACAGCUUCCAAACCUGAAAGCAGCUAUGAACCGGGAACAAAGUGACACAUCAGUUUCUGAAUAUGCUACCUAGCAAGUGCUCCAGAUUAUUCGCUAUGAGUCAUAUAUUUACUGUCAGUGCAGACCUGGUCCAGGCAACAAGCUUCAGGCUGCCUUGUUUUUGAAUACCUCUCAGAAUGAACACUGUUACAGGGUAACUGAGCCAUACUGGUUAUAUUCAGCAGGACUAACAUGUACUGUAUGUUUGCAUACAGGAGUAAUAUCAGCUUUACUAAAAUCAGCAUCUUAAUGUAUACCAGUAAAAUGUGCAAGUUUAGUGUGAAGCUGUAACAAUUUGUAAUUUGGUACCAUGAGAUAUUCAAAUACAUCUAUUUCUGUUAAGUUCUUGUAUUUCACUCUCUCCAAAAGAACAAAAAGGCUUUGCAAAAGUAUCCAUAUGUCCUAAACUUAAACAUAGUGUAAUGCUACAACUACUAACUUUAAUAUACUUAAUUGGGGUUUUUUGUUAUAAAUCAGGACAAACCUCAAAGUGAUUGUGAGUGAGGUGAAGAUGAAAUGAUGUUUUCUUUAAUGUUUUUUACAAAUACAGAUUUGAAAAUUGUGGUGUAUUUGGCCCCAUCAGCCAAUAUUUUUAUAAACAGAAAUGUAUCUAGUUAUUACCCUUAUGAGGUAUCUCUGUACCAGCUGUGUACAACUGGAGACUGAAAUGCUUGCUCAUUAUUUGCAAAAUAGCUCAAGUUCAGAUUUUGCAAGCAUUGUUUCCAAGUCUUUCCAUACGUUCUUAACUGGAUUUGGGGUUUAAGACUUUGACUGGGUCAUUUUAACGCCUGGAAAUGUUUCGAUUUAAAUGAUUCCAUUGUAGCUCUGGUUGUAUGUUUAUGAUGAUUAUCCUCGUGAAAUAGGAUCAUAAUCACAUGCCAAUCACAAGCUUUAUUCGAGGAUUGCAGUGUAUUUAUCUCCAUUCAGCUUCUCAUCAACCCCUACUAGUUUUCCUGUGACUGCUGAAGCUUUCCCACAAAAUCAUGCUGCCACCAUCAUAGGGAUGGUGUGUGCAGAGGUAUUUGCAAUGUUUAGUUAAAAAUCUAAUUUGGUCUUAUCUAACCAGAGCACCUUCUUCCAUAUUUAUGCUGUCUCCCCCAUGAUGUUGAGCAGACUUCAAACAGGAAAUUGUGCUUUCAACAGUGGCCUUCUGCUUCCCGCUCUUUAGUAUUAGGUAGGUGUCCUCUGAAGGCCAGUUGGUUGCACUGGAUUAUCUCUAAGGGUAUCAGAUUUAAGGGGGCUGAUUACAAUUGCACACCAUUUUUAUAUAUAGUUAAAAACCAUAGUUUCCCCCCCUUCCACUUCAGUUUUAUUCACUACUCUUUCUUCACCAGUCACAUAGAAUCCCAAUAAAAUAUAUUGAAAUUUGUGGUUGCAAUGUGACAAAAUGAGAAAUUCAAAGGGUAUGAAUACUGUUGCAAGGCACUGUGCAUUUUAUACACUGUUAAUUUGUAAGACAUUGACCUAAUGCUUUAAAUAAUGCAAUUCAAAGUUUGAUUUUCUUAAUUUUUUUGACUGUUUUCAUGUUAAAAAUAUACAAAGUUUUAAACGUUUUUAUAAACCUUGGGAUAUCUGCAGUAGAAGGACAUUGAUCGGUUUCAUUUUUUAGGAUUUCAAGUGUCUACUUUCUGGACUAACAUUUUGUGCAGCGUGUAAUCUUUCAAUAGAAGCCCUUGGUGUCAAAAAUGACUGUAAAAAUAUGUCAGGGUGGCUCACCUGAUGUCUCUGUAUACUUUUGGGCACUGUGAAUAAAACAAUAAAGUUUUUUUGUUUUUGAGGUAA